AUGACCGUCCCAGCAACCACCGCCGCCAUCUCCACCUCAAAGCGCCUCUUCGACUUUUGGUUCAAGGGCUAUCUUCCCGAUCAGCCGUUGAAGCGCGAGAACUUUAUGUUUUGGUACAAAAGCACCCCCGAACUCGACGACCAGCUGAGAGUGGAAUUCAAGGACGACGCAGAGAGAGCACUUGUUGACAAAGAGUUCCGGGACAGCAUGACAUCCACAGGCGAAGGAACUGUCGCAUUGGCGCUCUUACUCGACCAGGUCCCUCGCAACAUCUUUCGUGGAUCCCCUCGUCCCUUCACGGAAUUUGACCCCUUGGCGAGACAGAUAGUCAAGGAGGCAUUGGCUAAAAAGUCCUGUCAUACCGUUCAUCCUUUCUUCCGCCACUUUCUCUACAUGCCAUUGAUGCACUCGGAGAGUGUCGAAGACCAGGCGGCAUGUGUGCGCGAGUUCAUCCAGGAAUACAAUGAGGUCGAGCCAGCCUUCAAGGACAUGUUCAAGAACUGUCAUACCUUUGCAGAAGCCCACGAGGCUGUUAUCCAAAAGUUUGGUCGCUUCCCUCAUCGUAAUGAGAUCUUGGGUCGUACCCCUACCGAGGCCGAGAAGAUCCAUCUCGAGACCGGUGGUGAUCGUUGGUAG